CAGCUGUCCUCCUCCCUCAAAUACUCCUUUCCUUCGUCUUGACUCUUCUCAACCACUCUGAGAAUUAUUUGCAAUGCAGCAGCUCUCACUCUCCUUCCUCCUCCGAGCGCUCACUGGCCUGGCCUCCCAUAAGCUUCCUACCCAGACUCAACUCUCCAAGAUCAUCACCGCCAUCCUAGACUCACCCAUCUUCUCUAGCACUAGCACUAGUGGCAGUGAUCACCAACAGCCAGAGUUGCUCAGCUCGAUCGCUGAGUUCUUGGUGCUCUUCAGAAACCUAACCAACACCAAGAAUAGAGACAAUCAACUCCAACGAUUGCUCAGUGCACUCCUGCUCAACAAACAACAACCUCGGCUCAAACUACCCUCACUCCCACCUAGCCUAGCACUCCCACCAUCCACCUCUCCAACAGUUUUCUUCAGAAAGUUACUCCUGAUCACUACAGAGAUACCACAGGAUGUCAACGAAAUCAUCCGACAAGCAAUCGACCUCCUCACCGAACUCUUCCAGUCAACAGAGCGAAUGACAACCCAGGAAGAGGAGCAAGCAGCCGACAGACUCGUCUCUAAGCUGAUCAAACUCAUCGUCCAUCUACGCACCAACGUGAGCCAUCUCUUGAGGGAGGAGAUCGAGGCCAUCCGGAAAACUCUUGCUGAGGACCUCCAGGGAUUCGAGCCCAACGACGAGUUCCGCGAGAUCCUCGGGCUCGUCGGAGAGUGCAUCGAUGGUUUCUGUACUCGUCAUGAUGAUGAUGAUCGUGCCCCCUCUUACUGGAAUUCACUUACCACUCCUUGUAACCAACUGGUCGAAUUGUUCACCGAGCACAAAGAUCAAUUACUCGUCCCUUUGAAGAAGUUGCAAGUGGUGAUCGUACAGCUGUUCGAUAACUUUGAAGACCGGCUGUAUUCACCCAAGCUGUACGAGAGUUUGGGUGUGGCAGUCAAAGAGUUCCAGGAAGCGAGCAAGAUGAUCGGCCGGCCGAUGGGAGAUAUUCUCCAAGCCUUAGAGAGCAUCCGUUUUCGGAUCCUCGUCGAGGACCCCUCCUGGCCAGAAGUCUGUCAAGCAUUCCAGAGAGUCUCGGCCGAGUUGCUAGGCUUUACUCUCACCAACUCGAAAGAGGUUGCUCGGCAUGUCACCGGAGCAGUGGCCAAGGCGGCAUUCGAUAGCCUGGUCGAGUAUUUAGUGCCCCGUUUGCUGUUGUUAAUCAACGAAAUACCUUCACCAAGGAUCGAAUAUGUAUCCCCGACGAUUGACGCGGUUUUCGAUGCGAGUUUUCCAAUCUUUCGAAUAAGCAUCAAUGCAGCGCUUGCUUCUAUGAUCUCGACAACCGUCCAUCGGUUCGAAAUCAGUCAGCGGGCCUCCAGGCAAGGACCUGGGAGGAUCCAAGGACCCAAUUCGUUAUCCGUCCAGCCGAACACCUACCAAAAGAUCUCGAUCGUCGGAUUGAGAGUGUUGUCGAAGAACGUCGGUUUUUACUUCCACAAGAAAGUCGACCAUGACAAGAGCCUAGUCGCCCAAAAGCUCGACUUUACGAACAUCGAGGACGAGGGUAAGCUCGAUAUCUUCCUUGGUAUGGGCGACCAGGAUGGCUUGUCUCUCGACUUGGAGCUCGACUGGAAUUAUCACCGCCAUCUCGAUCGCUCCUCCGAAGUUUCCAGACGAGCUCGUCAGGCUCCGAGCAUCGAGAAGCCGGAUGGCUUGUUCUUGAUCAAGUCUUGCAAAGUUGACUUGAAGGGCUUUGGAGUUUUCCCUCACGACACCAGUCAUCCCGUGCUCAAUUGGAUCUUGAAGCCAGGAUUGGAACCGUACAUACAUACCAAAAUCACAGAAACCCUACAAGGAUACUUUCUGGAUCAAUUGAUUAGGCUCAACAAAUUGUUGGGUAAAAUGCGGAUCCGAUGGGAAGAAGUGGCAGACUCGGGUCCAGGUACGACAUGGGAGAAGCUCUGGGAAGUGAUCCAGGUGAUGGUUUCUAGCUCGAACGAGGCCGAGGAAGAAGAUCAGCCGGAGAGUACGUCGAAGAUCAAUGGGAGCGGUUUUGAGCUCGAAGCUGAGGACGGCUCGUAUACUAUCCGGAUUGGGAUCGGCCAGAAGAUGCUCCCUGGGAAAGGCCUCGGCGGCCCCGGAAGAUUUAAGGAACGGCUUGCGACCAUCGCUGAUGACGCUGGCGCGGCUAUCGACCGUCAGGUGACUGAGAUAGCUGACGGGAUUGCACAGGCCACACUCGAUGGCGAGCGUCCAGGAUGGCAAUCGGAUGUCUUUGAUCUCUAAAGACAAUCGGGUCGGCCACCCAAAGCUACCAUCACAGCAAGCGCCAACCGGCUCUCUUUUUCACUGCAACAGACCGCAACCCCAAACUGUUCUCUUCCCCAUCUUUUUAAUCGGAGUCAGACGUUCUCUCUCCCACUUUUCAAAUCUCACUCGCCCAGUAGCUAUUAAUCAAGAAACUUAUCAAAUGAUUAAGUCUAGUAGAUAAUUUUUAUUCGGAUGUACUAGCUAUAUGCUGAAAAUGCUGAAAAUUUGUAUAUACAAAAGAUGUAUCAUCACAUCCUAAUGCUACCUCUCAAAAAUCAGUUGAGAUAAAUAUUUGUAACUGUCACUUUCUCAAAUCAAGCAUCAUCAAGUUGUAAUGUACAAUUUGUACUUGUAAACAUCAUGUUUUCCAGUACAUUUGAGUUGACAGUCAA